AUGGCGCAAGCAUUCAUUCAAUAUGUUUUAAAGCAGGAGGAAAAUAAACAAUUAGAAAAUCAAAUUAAAUCUUUGAGGAACAAUUUACCAGAUGAGUUCGAUGAUUCUGACGAUGAUAUUUUAGUGAGAGCAAGCAAUCAAGCUGAGAAAGACUUUAAACGGAAGCGUAAAAUCAUCAGUUAUGAGAAGGAGAAUAAAAAGCCUAAAUUGAACUCAGCAUUCACUUGUGAUCUCUGUGAUAGACAUUACAAACAUCUUGGAUCAUUAGACCGUCAUUUACAAACUCAUUUUCAGAAACAUAGUUGCGAGAAAUGUGGUAAAUCAUUCACUAGAAAGUAUAAACUUACAAAACAUAAGGAAAAAUGUGUUAUUUCUCACCAAAAACAAUUCACACAACUUGAUGCUACUGAAAAAGAAAAGAAUACAGAUGAGAAAGAACAAAGUUGCAAACAUUGUGGAUUACCAUUUAAUAAUUAUGCAGCACUUUUUCAUCAUAUAACUACUGCUCAUCCUUUGAAUCAAACUGGAGGUAAUAUCCAAAAACUUCCUACUGAAAAUGUUCAGGAACCUGAAUUAAAAAAAAAAUCAGAACAGAGAAGAACAAAAGUCAAGAAAAAUGCAAUAAAUAAUUUAGUACAGCAAGUCGACAUUAUUCCGAUGGAAGAUGAAAAGUAUGAUCUUCUUCAAUUUUUAGCUAAUGUUAAAGAAAAUGUGGAAAACGAAUUAAUUACUACACGUGAGACACAUCGCAGUAUUAAAUGGAAUGUAAUUGGAAGAGUUGAAAUGAUUCGCGAUGUAGAUAAUGGUGAACAGGAGAAAACAACACCACAUUUCAGAAGUAAAAAUUACAUCUCACUUCAGGAUGAAAACAAUGAACACAAUAUUAAUGAAGCAUUUCAAGGAGUUAACAAAUCUUUAGAAGAAUUUGUAAGCCAUGGUAGCAAUUGGGUUGUAAAUAAAGUCCUUAGUCUAGAAAUAAAUACUGUUAAGUACUCACCAGUAAGUGGAAGCUCACAUCUACCUUUACCUCGAAAAAUCAGAUUCAGUCGCGGUGUAAUCAACAUAAACAACAGUGAUCAGAAGUGUUUUUUAUGGUCUAUAUUAGCAGCUUUACAUCCAGCUUCGAAUAAUCCUCAAGAAGUUUACCAUUAUAGAAAAUAUGAAAAUGAACUAAACAUGAAAGAUAUCAACUAUCCAGUAUCCCUUUCUAAAAUGGAGAAGUUUGAAAAGCUCAACAAUAUUUCCAUCAAUGUGUUUGGUUUUGAAGAUGGCGAUGUUUUUCCAUUGUAUUUAACAAAACUCCCAAAUGGAUAUACAGAAGUUGAUUUGCUCUAUUUUUCGAAUGAAGAAAAAUCUCACUUCUGCUUAAUUAAAAAUCUAGAUCAUUUUCUAGGAUCCACUACCAAGUUUCGUACAAAACGCUUCUAUUGUCGCAGAUGCUUGCAUGGAUUUAUUAGAAGCGAUUUAUUAAAUGAACAUAGACCUUACUGCAAUAAAUUUGAUUUUCAAAAAGUAGAAUUUCCAAAACAAGGCAAUGAUAUUAUUUCAUUUAAAGACUUUGACAAACAGAUUCCAGUUCCAUUUGUCAUUUAUGCUGAUUUUGAGGCAUUUGCUCGAAAAGUAGAUACUUGCCUCCCUGAUCCUGAUAAAUCAUCUACCACUCAUCGAACCAAAUUUGAAGCUUGCGGGUAUUCUUAUAUAGUUGUCAGCACAAAUGAGAGAUAUACAAAAUCUCCAGUUGUUUACAGGGGAGAUGAUGCUGUUCAGCAUUUUUUUGACGACAUGUUGAAAGAAGAGGAAUAUAUAAAGGAAAAACUAAGUCACAUAGAACCCAUGAUGAUGAAUGAAGAAAGUGAAAGAACUUUUCAAAACGCAACUCAUUGUUAUAUCUGCAAUCAGCCUUUCACAAACUUAAUUAAAUGCAGAGAUCAUGAUCAUCUGGGAACAGGAGAUCCAACAUCAGACAAUUAUACAAAUUUUAGAAACGCUGCUUGCCAAUCAUGUAAUCUGAAUCUUCAACAUCCAUCGUUCAUUCCUGUAUUCUUUCACAAUCUGCGAGGAUUUGACUUACAUUUAUUAAUGAGUAAAUUGGGGAAUUAUAAGGAUAAAAAACUGAGUGUUAUAGCUCAAAACAGUGAAAGAUACAUUUCAUUUUCAUUAGGAAAUCUACGGUUUCUUGACAGUUUUCAGUUCAUGAGUAGUUCUUUGGAAGCAUUAGUAAACAAUUUAGCAGCAGAUGGACUUGUUAAUUUCAAACAGUUCAGGAAAGCGUUUUCUUCUGAUGAAGCAGCUAAGUUACUUUUACAAAAGAAUGAAUACUGUUAUGAUUAUGUUGAUUGUUCUGAAAAAUUCAGCGAAACUAAGCUACCCUCCAUGGAUGCUUUUUAUAACAAUUUAAAAAAGGAACCAAUUUCAGAGAAGAGUUAUCAACAUGCCGUCAAAGUUUGGGAUUUUUUUGAAAUGAAAACCCUGGGAGAUUUUCAUGAUUUGUACGUAAAAACAGACUGUCUCCUAUUAUGUGAUGUCUUUGAAAAGUUUCGACAAAUGUGCUUGCAAAGUUAUAAACUUGACGCUUGUCAUUUUUACACCAGUCCUGGUCUUGCUUGGCAGGCAGCAUUAAAAAUGAGCGGAAUAUCUUUAGAGUUACUAACAGAUCCAACUAUGUACAACAUUUUUGAACUUGGAAUUCGUGGUGGAGUUAGUAUGGUGUGUAAAAAGUAUAGUAAAGCCAAUCACAUUCACCUAGAUGAUUUCAACCCAACACAAGAGAGUAAACACAUCAUGUAUCUUGAUGCAAACAAUCUGUAUGGGUGGGCUAUGAGACAACCAUUACCUACAGGAAUGAUGCGUUUUCUUUCAGAUGAUGAAAUCAAUCAGUUUGAUUUGCAACAGAAAACUUCAGAUUCUGAUGAAGGUUACAUUUUAGAGGUAGACUUACAAUGUCCACCUGAAAUCCAUGACAAGUUGAAUUCAUUACCAAUAGCUCCAACACAUAAGAAAGUCAGCGAUCAAGAGUUAUCCUCCUACAGUCAAAAUUUGUGGAAGAAAUUAAAUGGUGAAAAUAGAUCAAGAGUUAAAACUGAGAAGUUAGUGCCAACUUUAGAAGACAAAUUGAAAUACGUUGUUCAUUACCAAAAUUUGCAGCAAUAUGUGGAACUUGGAAUGAAAGUAAAAAAAAUACAUAAAAUAGUAGCCUUCCAUCAAACUCCAUGGUUGAGGACUUAUAUAGAUUUCAAUGCCAUCAUGAGGAAAAAUGCUAAAAAUGAGUUUGAAAAGGACUUUUUUAAACUCAUGUGUAAUAGCAUUUUUGGAAAAUGUAUGGAGGACAUCAGAAAUCGGAUAUGCUUUCAUCUAGCCUCAGCACCAAAGAUUCUACAAAAAUAUGUUUCACUUCCAUCAUUUCAACAGUUGCACAUUUUCGAUGAACAACUUGUUGGAAUACUGAACAAAAAGACAAAUAUUGUUCUGAAUAAGCCAAUCUUUGUUGGACAAGCCAUAUUAGAUUUGUCGAAGAAACUAAUGUAUCAGUUCCAUUAUGAUAUCAUGCAGAAAAUGUAUCCGGAGAAAAUAGAACUGCUGUUUACAGAUACAGGUGUUCCCAUCAGAGAAUUUGUAGGUUUACGUCCCAAAAUGUACAGUUUAAAAUAUGAUGCGAUUGAAAAAUGUGAAGAUGGACGGAUAAAUAAAUAUCAAGUGGAGAAAAAAGUGGCUAAAGGGAUCGCUAGAUGCGAAAUUAAAAAUACACUCAGACAUGAAAAUUACAAAAAGUGUUUGUUUAAUGAAACUGUCACAUUAAAUUCGAUGAAUUUGAUUAGAAGUAAAAACCAUCAGCUUUUCAUAGACACAAUUGUGAAAAAGGGACUUUGCAGUUUCGACGAUAAACGUUACUGGAAAAAUCCAAUAGAGAGUUAUGCGUUUGGACAUUAUAAAAUUGGAGAAAUGUGA